ACGACUGCUCAACCGAAAGGGACUGGUCUACUAUAGUAGGCCUGAGCCUAUUGAUGUCGUCCACUCUAAUAUUCAAUGUCCACAAUGAUCUCGGGGAAGAUACACUUAGUAGCAUGCACAAGUUUCUCGAUUAUGGGCUACAGGCGCUCAAUAAUAUCGAGUCUCCAGACGAUGACCCUUUUGAUGGGGACGGGAGUAAACCGUUUCACGAUGUGAUAUUUAUGAUCCGGGACUGGACUCGACCCGACCCGCCCCACGGCCUAGAAGGGGGUCAAAACUACCGAAACGCCAAAUUUGAGAUCAAACCUAAACAAAAGCCUACCGCCAAAAGGUCCAGACAAAUAAUUAUUGACAGUUUUGAGAACUACCAGUGCUUUCUGAUGCCCAGCCCAGGGCUGGAGGCUAUUAGCGGUGACUCGGGUUUUAAUGGUUGCGCCAAUCGGUUGACCGAAGAGUUUAACACAAGAGUCGACGAGUUUUGUAGGCAUUUGUUGGGUAACGCCGACGCCAUUAAAGUCAAGACUAUUAAUGGUAGACCAGUGCGUGGUGGUGAGCUAGCACACGAUGAGAUGCCCAGGGCCAGUGAUAAUGUCGAGGCCCGACAUAGGGCAGCCGAUAUUCGCUUGAUCAAUCAGUUAAAGGAUGAGUACGUGAAUGAGAUGGCAAUCCUAUCUCUGGACAAACCAUUCAAUGGUCGGACACAACUCGGGGCCCAAUCGGACGACUUGAUAGACAGCAUGAAAGCGAAGUUCAGUUUUCGUAAAAAAUCUUCCGACGAGUCGGUGAUACAGGAGUUGACAGCAAUGUUAGCCCAGACACUGGACACGGCUUUCCAGUCGAGGUAUUCGGAUAACGAGAACCGGAGGCUUACGGCUACCAAUGAUAUGAUCACUGAAUUGGUGGACGAGUUUAAGGCGGAUAUCAAUGAACACAUUACUCCCGAUGACUACAUCAGUGAUUAUACUUUCGCCAAAAUAGUGGACACAAAACGGGAACACAUUGUCAAUAGGUUUGACACGUUUUGUGCGGUUGAGCCACAAUUGUUUGACUCACAUAAGCAAAGGUUAUUGAAUCAAAUCCAAAGCGAGUCCAAUGUUUUUAUCUCUAAUAAUAAUCAACACAAUCAUCAGUUAAUUAGCACUUAUGACAACUGUGUGGCAAUGCUUAAGUCCAGAUAUGACCAGAAAAUGAACGACCUAUACACUGACCCUGCUAAAUACUACGACACCGAGGAACUGGAGGCACUAAGCCUGAGCAUACAGCUUGACCUACAGGUGACUCUGGACGCCUGCGACGCAAACACCGACGUCAUACCCAUAACGCCCUACAAGGACUCCUUAGACACCUAUAUCCGGGACAAAUUACAGGGCCUCCUCAUGAUGAACACCCAGCGUCGUGACCAGGAUAUCAGUGCCAUGGAGACGGUUAUGUCAAACCUGGUGAAGGAAUACGAGGACGAACUGAACGCCUGGAUCGAGGACUCGACAGAUAUAGACACUCGGGAGGAGUUCCUCAGACAGACCCGGGAUAUCAGCACCCGUCUGAUUGCUGAAAACCGCCAUAACCUGCGACUCGACGUACGAGAACUUAAAGACCGAUUUCAGGCUACCGUUCCCGACCUGAUCGACAUAUUCGCGGAGCACGUGGACAGCCGUCGCGCUACUGAAAAAGUAUUGGCCGACCGUAUCAUCCAAUGGUAUAACCAGGAGAUGGGCCGGGAGUACGACAACACAACAUUCAUAAUACCGGAGCGCCUGGAGGGCAUACACCGGGGACUGGUAGACACAGCCCUAAAAAAGUUUAAAAAUCAACGUGGUCAUAUAACCAGCGACCGGUACGAUGAGCUAGUCAGGGAUAUCCUAAAAACGGCGUACCAAACGCACCAGGAUGAUAACGACAAAAACGCACCUACCGUUCCCGCCGUGGGCAUAGACCUUGGUACUACCAACUCCUGUGUGGGCUACUAUAAGCCGGGUCGUCAAAACGCUGGACAGGUAGUCAUAUUCAAGAACCGGCACAACUCGGAGGUGACCCCCAGUUGCGUGGAGUUCCGCGACAAUAGUGAGCACCCGGUGGUGGGUCAGGAGGCUAAGGAUAACCGACUUGCGAACCCCCGGAAUAUCAUAUUCAGCGCCAAACGACUCAUCGGUCGCAAGUAUGAUGAGCCUGAGGUGGACAGGGAUUUCGUGGCCCCCGACACUAAGCUCUACCCCUUCCAAGUGGUAGACGUGGGUGACAAUGACGCGGGUGUAGAGGUCGAGGUGGACGGUAUGGUCGCCCAGUUUUUGCCGGAAGAGGUGUCGGCCCACGUGCUCAGGAAGAUGAAGGAGGUGGCGGAGGAGAAGCUAGGUUUCCCCAUACAGAAUGUGGUGAUAACUGUGCCUGCUUACUUCAUGGAUGCCCAGAAGGAGGCCACUAAAAGUGCGGGGGUUAUGGCCGGCCUUAAUGUGCUAAAGAUUAUCAAUGAGCCCACGGCCGCCGCACUGGCCUAUCAGUUGGACAGGUUUGAGGGGAUUGAGGCCCGGAAAGUGCUGAUAUACGAUUUUGGUGGAGGGACAUUCGACGUGGCUGUACUCAAGCUGGAAAAGGGUAAGGUGGAGGUGUGCGCGUUUGGUGGGGACAACCAUUUGGGCGGUGAUAACCUGGACAACAAUGUCAUCAACUAUUGCCUCCAAGAGUUCUUUGCACAGACGGGUAUCCUAAUAGACAGGACCAGUGCUGAAGGGGAACGGGCUCUCAGGCUAUUGAGGUAUUCCUGCGAACGGGAGAAGUGGUUACUGUCGGAGGCCAUGUCGGCCAACAUUUCCGUCGACAAUAUAGUCAAUGGACAGCACCUGGAGGUCAGACUCACGCGCGAGAAGUUUGAAGAGCUUAAUGAACACGAGUUUCAACGGACUAUCGAUUGCGUGGAGGAUGUGCUGAACGGCGCCGGUAUGUCAGUCGAUGACAUCGAUGAUAUUGUUCUGGUAGGCGGGUCUACCCAUAUACCAAAGGUUAGGGAAAUGAUCAAGGACCAUUUUAAGGGCAAACAACCCUCGUCCAGAGUCAACCCAUUACAGGCGGUGGCUGAAGGUGCCGCUAUCCAGGCCGCUAUACUAAACGGAAAUCAAGCGCAAAAGCACCGGAACCUCCGCGUACUGGACGUCACCCCACACACCAUAGGCGUCAAGACUGCCGGUGACGUGAUGUCGCCCAUAAUCCCGGCCCGGUCUGCGGUCUGCACAACGUUUACUAAACAAUACAAGACUAUUGUCGAUAAUCAGCCUGAGAUAGAGGUGGAGGUGUAUGAGGGCGAGGAUACCGUGGCCUCCCGUAACAACCUGUUGGGCAAGUUUAUGGUGACAAACAUACCGCCCGCGGAGGCCGGGAGGGAAACCAUAUCAGUCAUGCUAUGUGUCAAUGAUGACGGGAUAUUGAAGGUUAGGGCUGAGGUGCUGUCGAAGGGAACGGUACACGAGAUUGAGGUGACGGAGCAUAAGGGACGGCUUAGUAUGGAGGAGCUGCUGAGGCGCCGGCAUUGA